AUGUCUUUCUUUGGUCUCGAACAAAACGAUCUUCUUGAAAAAGAGAAACAGCAAUUUCUGCAAGGCGGCAAGCCCAAGGAGGAUCUUGCCGUCUACACAUGGGGCGAAGAGAGCUAUGACGGUCUCGGCGACGCUCUCCAGGAGGGCGGCGACGACUUCAAUGAUGAGACUUUCGGUGGUAGCGGGCCAGUUGGAAAGGACUUCGACUUCACGGGUGGUUCCAUGCAGGGCUUAUCGUUAAACGAACGUCAAUCGACCCCCGCUUCUUCUUUCGCCGCUGCCCCGGGUUCAGCGCCUCAGGCGUCCCAUCAACCGGAGACACAAGCUGCCCCUCGACAGCCGUCACUCUGGGAUGAGAAGUCGCCUUUCUCCGUGCUUCCUCGCUCAGGCAGCUCUGCUCGUCUUGGUGCAAAUGCCGCGCAUGAAUCGCCUCGUACAUCUGCACUCAGACAUGCUGUCAACGGGCGCGCGAGCCCCAGUACGCAUUCGCCACUAGUCAACUCUGCGCAGGCUCAGGCCCAGGGAUCCAUGCGUCCUGGCCGUACGCUUGAAGAAAUAGAGGCGGAGAUGCGCGGGGCGGCUCAACGAGCUCAAAACGCUCAGAUCGCGCAAGAUAUCGGGCCUCCAUCUGGCUCUCCCUCGAUCUAUGGAGCCGUGGGCGCAUCUCCGUCUCUACAAUCGAUGCAGUCCGCUUCCUCUGCUCAAUCGCUCGCAGGGCUUCCGCCCGUGAGUGGCAUGUUGACGCAGAGGCAACAAAUUCUGCAAGAGCAGCAAGAACACCAAUCUCGCUGGUGGCAACAACAGCGUAACGCCCCGCCCCGGAUGCAUCCGCAGUCGCAAUCUCCGCGCUUCCAUUCGCAGCAUCAGCAGCAGCAGCUCAUUCAGCAGCAGCAACAGCAGCAACAGCUCCUGCAACAGCAACAGCUUCGCGAGCAGGUAUUGGAACAGCAGUACCAGGCGCACCAGCAGCAGCUACGCGAACAGGAGCUUGAAAGGCAGCUCCUGGAACAGGAACGCGAGCGCCAGAUCCGCGAGCAGAUUCUUGAGCAGCAGCUUCUCGAGGAACAGCAGCGCGAGCUACUUCUCCGCGAGCAGCGCUACCAGCGUCAAAUCCAGCAGGAGCUUCAUCUGCAAGAGCUUCAGGAACAGGCUCGUCAGGAGGAACUCGAGCGUGCACUUCGCGCCGAACGCGCCGCUCAGCUUCAACAGCAACAGCUUAUGCAAGGACGCUACUUACACGAGCGCCAGUCAUCAAACCCUGCCGCACUCGCCGAGCUCGCUGCCAUGCAGGCAAUGCGCCAUGGGUCGCCCUCAAUAGAGGCUCUGUAUGCGGCGCAGCACGGCGCGCUGCCACCCGGUCCGCAGAGGCAGCGUAUCAUGGCCGAGUACGCUCAGGCCGAGUUCAUGCGCGACUUCCAGGCCGCUAGCCCGGAGGAACAGGAGCAGUUGCGCGCCGAGGCAAUGCGUCGCAUCAUGGAGACCGAGCGUAUGGAAGAGAAGCGUCGUAGGAAAGCCGCAAAGAUUGCGCACAUGAGUCGAUACAACGACCUCAUGACCCAAUCAGACAAGGACUUCAUUACGCGUAUUCAGGUAUCUCAACUCGUCACACAGGACCCAUACGCGGAGGACUUCUACGCUCAGGUUUACGGCGCCAUCCUUCGCAGCCGCAUGGGCAUGAACAGCAGCGACGAGCGUGUACUCAAGUUUGGCAACAGCGGAGGCGUCGGUCUUGGUAUGGGCCAGCGCGGUGCUGGACGUCGACCCAAUGCUCUUCAGCGUAUGGAGCAGCAGGUCGAGCGUAUCGUCAAUAACGCUCGCCAGCGCGAGAGGGAGCGUGGGAUGAACCCUGUCCCUGAUACCCUGCAUGGCGCACUCGGAAAGACUGCGGGUCGUAGUUAUAAGACCGCCCCGCGGCAGCUGCUUCAGGUGUCAAGCCCAUCGCACGAGGGUGCUCCCACUGGCAAGAGCGAAGGUCAAGAUGCCGCGAAAGCUGCGGCCAAGAUGGGAGCUGAGCGUCUCGGUGUCGCCGAUCCCAACGCAGACGCUCAGCAGGAUCCUCUGACAAAGAAGGAAGCGCUUGCCAUUCUUGAGAACAUGUACGACCUUGUACUCCGCCUCGAGCAACUCAGACGCGAGCAACCUCCACCGGACGACGAAGACUUCGAAAUGGUCGGCAUGUGGAACGCCCAGUACAACGAGUCUGUUCAACAACUCUGGGACGGCAUGCGCGUUAUGGUACCCCUCGAGACGAGCGACCCGCACCCAUUCAUUGCGCUCCUCACGCCCGCGAAGGGAAAGAAACUGCUUCCGCGCAUCUCGCGCCAUCUGUCUUCGCAGCAGAUGUUGACGGUUCUCACACUGCUGGUGGCUUGUUUCGCCCAGAUGGACGUCGUCGCGCAAGCGCCUAUCUUGGAUCAUCCAGGAGAUACCUUUGAGCAGCGCGACUUGGAGAGGCAAACUCAGACGUUCCUUGGUUCGGUCGUGCAGAGCGUGCUGCCGGUCGUAGCCAAGGCGGGGUUGCGUCUUGUUAGCGGUCUUCUCGGUUUACUGCUCGAGCGUACCAACAUCAUUGCCAUCAGUCAGACCAGACCUGGGCUGGCGUUCUUAACGUUGUUCCUCAGUCGCGUUGAGGUCAUCAAGCAGAGUAUGUCUUCCGCUACGGAUGUAUCCGAGUUGCCCUCGCAAGAGGAGACCGAACAAUGGGAGCUCAUGUUCGACCAUCUGUUCGAGUUGCUCGCCCCUCACUUGGUCUAUCUCUUCCCGUCGACGCGCCUCAUGCUCAACACGCCUCCCGGCGUUCCCGCGCCACCACCCGCGCAAACUGACGCGCUUGACCACAGCGUGUGGCAGUUCCUCGCAGCCCUCGCGUUACAUGCUAGCAACGAGCAGCAGCAGACCCUUGUCACCGCUUUGCGCGAGAAGGUGCUCGAGAACGUCGCGGGCGCCAAUCACCCGAGCUACGGCCCGGAAGAGCGCGCCGCAAAACUCGCGAACGUCAACCUUUUCUUGCAUGCACUCGGACUCGACAGCUCGCAGAUCACUUUGUGA